AACGCUCUUUCUCACUCUCGCCACAGUGUCUGCAGCCACACGACAUCGACUCUCUUUUCAGACGCCUUGCAGCCCAGAGCAUCACCAUGCACAUCAGAACUCUGCUGCUCUUCUCUGUCCUGGUCAGCGUGGCUCUCGCACAGAUUGCAGGGUUUGGCAAGUCACGUUGCCUUUGUCGUCGUGUCCGGGACAAAUCUGGACCCCCCAAAAACAUCCUGGACAUUCAGAUUUACCCCCCAUCCCCCUCCUGUGACACCAUGGAGGUUGUGGUCAGCCUGAAGAAUGGGCUGCAGUACUGUUUGGAUCCACGCCUGCAGAAGGUGCAAGAUAUCAUCUCCACCCUGAAGAGCGUGAGGGCCCAGCUCAAGGAGACCAGCACUCCUGAGCCGUAGGCUGGCCGUCUCUGUGCUGCCAACGAAUUCUGCGUGUCCAUUCUUGGAUCUGCAUCCAAACAGCCUUGUGAAAUGUAUUCAAGACAAAACUUCACCAGCUAUGAAUCGCUAUUUCAAUGCACUUUUUAAUUAUUAUUAUAAUUUUUUUUUUUUACAUAUUUCUCUAUUUUUUACUUUAUGUUGCCUUAAUAGUAGUCCCUUUAUAUUCUAGGUUGUGUCAUACUUUGACCUGAAUACAUAUAUACGUAGAUGAUAACCAUGUUAUUGAAUCAACGACUGCAUGUAAACUCUUCUUAAAUGGCAGCUGAGAUUGUUCAACAAUAAAAAUGUAAUAAAUAAAACUUUUUAAGUAAA